AUGAUGGAAAGAAUAAGAAAAGAGAUGAUCCUGAUGGAGAGAGGGCUGCACAGCCCCACGGCCGGCAAGAGAUUCUCCAAUUUGUCCGACUCUACUGGCAGUGCUGUGCUUGAGGCCCUGGAAAAUUCGCAGCACCCGGCUCGUCUCAGCCCGCGCUUGCCGUCUGCCCCCCUGCACGGCACUCUGGGAGACCUCCCCACCAAAGGCAAAUUCGAAAUAGACACUCUCUUCAACCUGCAGCACCCGGGCAGCGAAAGCACCGUCUCCUCCGAAAUCGCCUCCGCCGCCGCUGACAACCGCAAGAAGCCGAGCCAUUAUUCGGAGGCGGCCGCCGAGGCCGACAUGAGCAGCGACGUGGAGGUGGGUUGCUCAGCGCUGCGCUCCCCCGGUGGCCUCGGCGCCGCUCCGCUGAAGGAAAACAAUGGCAAAGGCUACGCGGAGAGUGGCGCGACAGCUGGCACCACGACUUCGGCGUCCGGCUCGGGCCUGGGCAGCCUUCAUGGAGGCGGCGGCGGCAGCGGCGGGGGCGCAGCGCUGGGGGGCUCCGGCUCCGGUGCGGAUCAGGUGCGGCGCUACCGCACGGCGUUCACCCGCGAGCAGAUCGCGCGCCUGGAGAAGGAGUUCUACCGGGAGAACUACGUGUCACGGCCCCGCCGGUGCGAGCUGGCCGCGGCGCUCAACCUGCCCGAAACCACCAUCAAGGUGUGGUUCCAGAAUCGGCGCAUGAAGGACAAGCGGCAGCGCCUGGCCAUGUCGUGGCCGCACCCGGCGGACCCCAGCUUCUACACCUACAUGAUGACGCACGCGGCCGCCACCGGAAGCCUGCCCUACCCCUUCCACUCUCACGUGCCGCUGCACUACUACCCGCACGUGGGCGUCACGGCCGCCGCGGCCGCCGCCGCCGCCUCGGGAGCCGCGGCCGCCGCCUCGUCGCCCUUCGCCACCUCCAUCCGCCCGCUGGACACCUUCCGCGCCCUGUCGCACCCCUACUCGCGGCCCGAGCUGCUGUGCAGUUUCCGCCACCCGGGUCUCUACCAGGCCCCGGCGGCGGCCGCGGGGCUCAACAGCGCGGCCUCGGCGGCGGCGGCGGCGGCUGCGGCGGCGGCGGCGGCCUCCUCGGCGGCCGCGGCCGGGGCGCCCCCCAGCGGCGGCUCCGCGCCCUGCUCGUGCCUCAGUUGCCACAGCAGUCAGUCGGCCGCCGCCGCCGCAGCCGCCGCCGCCGCCGCAGCCCUGGGCUCCCGGGGUGGCGGCGGCGGCGGGGCUGGGGGCGGCGGGGCCGGGGGCGGCGGCGGCGGCUCGGGGGCCGCGGGGGCCUCGGACUUCGGCUGCAGCGCCGCGGCGCCGCGCUCCGAGAGCGGCUUCCUGCCCUACUCGGCCGCCGUGCUGAGCAAGACGGCCGUGAGCCCACCGGACCAGAGGGACGAGGCGCCGCUCACCAGAUAA